AUGGAUUUUGAUCUCUUGACUUGGAUUUUGCUCUCUCUUGUCUGUCUUCUACUUGGCUACUCCUUUUUACCUAAACCUAAUCGCUUAAACCUCCCGCCAACCCCACUCUUUUGUCUUCCAUUCAUAGGCCAUCUCCAUCUUCUCAAACAUCCUGUCCACAGAACAUUUCAAAAUCUCUCCCAAAAGUACGGUCGAGUCUUCUCUCUCAAAUUCGGUUCCCGUCUCGUUGUAAUCGUAUCUUCUCCUUCUGCCGUCCAAGAAUGUUUUACAAAGAAUGACAUCAUUCUUGCAAAUCGACCAUAUUUGGAGACGGGAAAGUACUUAGCAUACAACAAUACCACCUUAGUGGUCUCCCCUUAUGGUGAACACUGGCGAAACCUCCGACGUAUUAGCACCCUCGAGAUUUUCUCGACAACUCGCCUUAAUUCAUUCUCGAGGAUUCGAGAACAUGAAGUCAAACGGUUACUGCGUAAAUUAUGUGGUAAUAAUCAUGGGUUGGAAGAUGAGUUUAGGGUAGUGGAAUUGGAGCCUAUGUUGUUGGAUCUUACAUUCAAUAUUGUAAUGAGAAUGGUGGGUGGAAAUAAGUUUUGUGAAGAGAAUAAUAAUGUGUUGGAAGAUGAGGGAUAUUCUAACAAGUUCAGAGAAAUGAUAACACAAAUGAUGAAAUAUGGUGUUUCAACCAAUCCAGGAGACUUCAUACCCUUAUGGGGUCGGAUUGAUCCAACUGAUUUCAAUAAAAAGUUAGAUAAGCUUGGAAGAAGGGCAGAUGAACUUCUUCAAGAAUUAGUUGAUGAGAUUAGGAAUCAAGAAGAUGAUGGAAACACUAUGAUUCACCAUUUACUUCGCUUGCAAAACACCGAUCCUGAAUAUUAUAGUGACCAAGUUAUCAAAGGCCUCGUACAGGUAGUAUUCUUAGCAGGAGUUGACACAGCAGCCGUGACUUUAGAAUGGGCACUAUCUGAACUACUCAAUAAUCCAGAGGUAUUGAAGAAAGCUAGAGAUGAGAUAGAUAGUGUCAUUGGGCAAGAGGGUUUAGUUAACGAAGCUGAUUUGUCGAGUUUGAAUUAUCUACAAGGAAUAAUCACCGAGACCCUACGGUUGAACCCAGCGGCUCCUCUGCUUGUGCCACAUUGUGCAUCUGAAGACUGCAAAAUAGGAGGCUACGAUGUACCACGUGACACAAUUGUAUUAAUCAAUGCUUGGGCUAUACAUAGAGACUUGAGCCUAUGGGAAGAUGCUGCCAGUUUCAAGCCAGAAAGAUAUGAGAAUGCUGUUGGAGUUGAUUCGUGCAAACUAAUACCAUUUGGGUUAGGGAGGAGAGCUUGCCCUGGAAUGGGAAUGGCACAACGUGUACUUGCCUUGACUUUGGCGUCCUUGAUUCAAUGCUUUGAGUGGCAGAGACUCAGCAAUUCAUUGGUGGAUAUGACAGAAGGUGAAGGACUGACUAUGCCCAAAGCUCAACCGUUGAUAGCCAAGUGUAGACCACGUCCAAUAAUGAAAGAAAUGUUGUCAAUGAAACAAUAA